UCCCUAUCUCUUCCCGGCUGCCUUCAACCUGUCCAAAUAAAACCUUUUGACCUUCUAAAAGGUUUGAGACUUAAUCUAUAGCUUUCCCUAAUAUUUUGCCAGCCACCCUGAGUGAAUCUCCACGAGGCUGCACAUUGGCUUGGAGGACAGGCCUCUCCUCUGGGACUGUGAGGCCCAGAGUGCCCACCUGGAGCUCCACCUCUGACCUCACAAGGGCUGCUUCAGAACUCGGUCUCCACGGCACCGCUGGCAGGAAGAGGGAUGCUAUUUUGGGCAGUGCAUCUGGACUUGGCUCAAGCAGCACCAGCCAAACCCCUGCCUUACUGACCUCUCCCCUGGAGGAGCAGGAGCAGCGCUUGGGGCCACCCUGGGAGGGCUGAGAGGCGGGCUCUGGACUGGGGACACAGGAACAGCCAAGCCCCAGCUGAGGGUGGAAGCUGAGCCAGGGACGGUCAUGGAGGAACAAGAUCAGACGUACUUUAACUGAGAAGCCCCCAAGGCAGAGGCUGAGAAUCAGAAGAUAUUUCAGCAGACGUCUACAAAUCUGCAAGACAAAACAUGAUUCAGGCAUCCAAGCACAGGCGGCCCAACUAGAAGGAAGAAGGGGCAUGGCCUGGCCAUCUACCCCAGUUCCUCUCCAUGUCCCCAUGGCUCUCAAGUCUCUGAUUCCAGUUCUCCCAGCUGCCCUGGGCAAGAGGAGGUCCACCCGCAGCUCCAAAAUGGUCUCCUGGUCCUGGAAAACAAGGACACAGCAAAUACUGCAGAAGAAGUUGGUGCGAGAGUUCCUGGCCGAGUUCAUGAGCACGUAUGUCAUGAUGGUGUUUGGCCUUGGUUCCGUGGCCCAUAUGGUUCUAAGUAAAAAACAUGGGAGCUACCUUGCUGUCAACUUGGCUUUUGGCUUCGGUGUCGCCAUGGGAGUGCAUGUGGCAGGCAACAUCUCUGGGGCCCACAUGAAUGCAGCUGUGACCUUCGCUAACUGCGCGCUGGGCCGCCUGCCCUGGAGGAAGUUUCCGGUCUACGUGCUGGGUCAGUUCCUCGGCUCCUUCCUGGCGGCUGCCACCAUCUACACCCUCUUCUACACGGCCAUUCUCCACUUUUCGGGUGGACAGCUGAUGGUGACCGGUCCCGUAGCGACGGCUGGCAUUUUUGCCACCUACCUUCCUGAUUACAUGACAUUGUGGCGGGGCUUCCUGAAUGAGGAGAACAACCCAGCACUGCCGGGCACACAGGCGCUGGUGAUAGGCAUACUCGUGGUCACCAUCGGGAUGUCCCUUGGCAUGAACACAGGAUAUGCUAUCAACCCAUCCCGGGACCUGCCCCCCCGUAUCUUCACCUUCAUUGCUGGCUGGGGCAAACAGGUCUUCAGCGAUGGGGAGAACUGGUGGUGGGUGCCAGUGGUGGCGCCACUUCUGGGUGCCUAUCUAGGUGGCAUCAUCUAUGUGGUCUUCAUUGGCUCCACCAUCCCACGGGAGCCCCCGAAAUUGGAGGACUCUGUGGCAUAUGAAGAUAACAGGAUAACCGUAUCGUCCAAGAUGGAACCUCACACAUCCAUGGCCUCUCGCCUCACCCCCGUCUCCAUGAACCCUGACAACAGACCUUCAGUCCGCCUGGCCCCCACCUUACAGGAAUCCAUGGCGCAAGAACAGUUCUAAGUAGAGAUUCUUUGUGAUCCCACCCCCACCCCAAUAAAGCAAGCCUUAUCCCACA